AUGAAAUCGACCGAGUCCCAUGUCCUCAAGGAAUCGCUGAUCCAAGAAGAAAGGGCUAUUUCGUCUGAUUUCACCGACGACCACCAUGUCGAGAAGAACCGGUUCUCCCUGCGACAGGCCCCCAGACAAAUCCUCACCAGGACUCUGACCUUAACGCGGCCGGGCCAUGCAUAUCGAACAAUCAAAAGAAUCGCCUACAGUUUGGUGCCCCAACUACUACGCUCAAAGAUCUGGGACGACCCAGCUCCAAAGCCGAAGCAGUUCCCCACCAGCUAUCUCAAUGGCCUACGAGGCAUCACUUCACUCAAGGUCUUCACGUUUCACUACACCAUGGUCUACAGCGACUUUGGGUUUCAGCCCUGGGCCACCGACGACCGCCACCGGCACUUCCUCGAGCUCCCUAUCAUCCGGUACAUCUAUUCGGGAUUCACAGCGCACAUCUUCUUCGGCAUCGCCGGCUACCUGACCUCGCUACGACUGUUUCAACUGAUCGACAAGCACGACCAAGCCUCUCGCUCGCAAGUCCUGGUCAAUGUCUCUGGCGCCUUAUUUCGGCGCGCAUUCCGACUCUACUUGCCUACACUGAUCGUCACACUAAUUACGGCGCACUACCUCUACUUCGGCCUCUACGAGCCGAAUCGACCACUGCUGCUCGACCAUAUCAACCUCUUCCCCGGCGACUGGGAGGAGCCCAAACCAGAACAAUUCGCCACGUAUUACGAACAAAUGCAUAACUGGGCGCGCGAAAUGUUCGACCUCACCAACAUUUUCGCCCAGCGCGCCGUCUACCCAUGGCACGACCAACAUCUGUGGUCGAUCCUCGCCGAGAUGAAAGGUUCUAUUUUUCUGUAUCUAAUCAUAAUCGCCACAGCGCAAUGCUACAAACAAGUCCGCCUGGCAGCACUGUGUAUCAUGACCGUCAUGUUCUUCCUCUGGAACCACUGGGAGAUCUGGGUAUACAUUCUCGGCGCAAUCGUCGCGCAAGUCGACCUCCUUCUCACGGAGCGCCAGCAAGAAAAGAAAAUGACCCUCACUCCCCCAGUAUCACAUCCAACUCCAGCGUCAUUGAACCGCCUUCCACCAUCUCCACCGCGCUCUCCAGCAUUUUUACAAGAAAAGCACCAACAUCAACACCAACACCAACACCAACACCAACCACAAUCACAAUCAGAGACAUGGUCACGCUUAUCCCCCUAUCUGAUUCUCCCUAAUACUAAUACCAGCAACCACCGCCCAUCCACUCUACUAUCUUCAUUAAUCAACGAUCGCCAUCUUUCCUCACACACUAUUCUCCGAUUCAUCGCAUUCCUCGUGGCAUUCUACCUGCUCUCCUACCCGAUCGACGGCUCGAGAGACUACGCGCCAGGCUACAUGACGCUCAACCUCCUCAUCCCCGAAUGGAUGGACCGCAAAGACAAAUUCUACCCCAACAUCGGCACCGGCCUGCUCUUGUUCCUCCUCGCCCGUCCUGGCGGCGACGCUACUAAAUCCACGUGGCGCCAUCUCUUAAACAGUGCCCCCGCACAGUAUUUCGGCCGGAUCAGUUUCGGGCUGUACUUGGUCCACGGCCCGAUCCUGCAUGCGUUCGGAUACAUGAUUCCCCACCGGAUCUGGUGGGCCAUGGGCACCCAGGGCGUCGAUACGACGAAUGGGGUCUGGACUUUUGCCAUUCUCGUCGGGUGGGCGGUGAGUUUGGCCGUGUCGUUGUGGGUCGCGGACGUGUGGACCAGGGAGGUGGAGAGUCGCUGUGUCAAGGCGGUGAAGAGGUUGGAGGAGGUUUGUUUUGUGAAAGGUUGA